AGCAGUGUUUGUGAAUGACGUCACUGCUGGAGCGCAAGAUGGCCGCGUCCGACCGACACCGGAACCGCCUCUGAGUGUGUUUGCUCUGGUUGAGUUCUGAUAAUCGAUUAAACCGACAGAGACACGCGACGAACCGCCCCACCCGCCAGGAGCAGCUUGAGGAUGGACGCUGUGGAGUUUAUGGACAAUAUGGACCCGACUUUAUCCGAACUGGGCGAUGAGUUCACAAUGGGAGACAUCGAUGAGAUGCUGCAGUUCGUCAGUAAUCAGGUGGAUUUCCCAGAUCUGUUUGAGGAUCAGAUGAGGGGUGGAUCUGUGGCCCCUGUACGGCCCCCUCCACAGACGGUCCCCAGUGCCAUACUGACCCCUCCACACACACCUGUACAGACCAACAGUCAGACGCAAACCCGCACACCACCUCUACUGCAGCCCAGACCACAGCCAAUCACACAGGAGAUGUUAAGCAGACGUGUGGGUAUCAUCACGUUCUCAUGCAGUUCUCUGAACACGUCACAGGUGCAGACGUUUCCUGUGCAGACGCUGGCUGUGCAGACGCAGGCACAACCGCAGACGGUGAUGAUUACUCCCACUGCUGCGCCGUCACGAUUCAUCCAGAACCCCGUGAUCUGCCAGCAGAACCACAACACAAGCUUCCAGGUGCUCCAACCACAGAUGCAGAGCAUUGUGACAUCAUCGCAGGUUCAGCCAAUGACGAUCCAGCAUCAGCGUGUGUUGACUCAAGCUGGGCAGACGAUACAGACUCUUUCGGCAGCGCCAGCUGCUGUUCAUACAGUGUCACAACAAGUGCCUGUGUUGGUGCAUCAGCCUCAGAUCUUGAAGACGGACUCUCUGGUUCUGACGACACUGAAGCCGGACGGGACUCAAGUUCUCUCAGCCGUACAGAACCCGACUGGCAUUACUACUCUGACCACGCCCAUCCAGACCACCGCAUUGCAGACGCUGAUGGGCAGCAACAUUCUCACCACUGUUCCGGUCAUGAUGGGAGGAGGAGACAAACUGCCAAUUAAACAGCUGUCAUCGGGCACCACCCACUGCGGCGGCGGGGCCAGGAUGUCUGUGGAUCAUGGCAUGGCUGUUACCAUGGGAACAGGAGUCGUCGUGAAAGAGGGCGAGAGACGAACGACACACAACAUCAUAGAGAAACGCUAUCGCUCGUCCAUCAACGACAAAAUCCUGGAGCUCCGCGACCUCGUCAUGGGCAGCGACGCCAAGAUGCACAAGUCUGGCGUUCUGCGUAAAGCCAUCGACUACAUCAAGUACCUGCAGCAGGUUAAUCAUAAACUCCGUCAGGAGAACCUCACGCUGAAGAUGGCCAAUCACAAGAACAAGUCGGUGUGCAUUUCUGAUGACAUGGAUCUGAAGCCGGAGGUCUCGUUUAUUUCUCCUCCUCCGUCUGAUUCGGGCUCCAGUUCUCCUCCUCAACUCUCGCCCUUCUGCAUCGACUCAGAACCAGGAAGUCCUCUGAUGGAGCACGAGCAGAUGAAGAGUGAACCGGACUCGCCGGCAUCUGUUGGCGUGUUGGAUCGCUCUCGUCUGCUGCUGUGCGCGCUCACGUUUCUCUGUCUGUCUCUCAAUCCUCUGCCGUCUCUGUUGGAUUCAGAGGAGAGGACGAGUCUGUCCGCCGCUCACGGAUCCUCACGCUCGCUCUUCUCUCUGCCCGACCAGACGCAGAACUUCGUGGCGUGGCUGUGGUGUGUGUUGCCGUGGUUUCUGGUGUGGGUUCUGAGCGGAGUGGGCGUGGUUUGGGGGUGUGUCCGGGUUCUGUACCUGUGGGAGCCGGUGACGCCCCUCCACUCGCCCACAUCAGUGCGUUUCUGGAGACACCGCAAGCAGGCCGACCUGCAACUCUACAGGGGUGAUUACGCGGCGGCGGUCUCGAGUCUGGAGACGUGUCUCUCCGUGUUGUCCAGAGUUCUGCCCUCCACCACCGUCGAAAUCAUCUGCUCGCUCUCCUGGAAUCUGAUUCGCUACUGCCUGCGUAAACCCGCCCCUCUGGGCUGGCUGGUGCGUCUGUUUGGUGGAAAGCAUGAGGGGGAGGAGUCACAGACGAGUGCGCGGGACGCGGCAUUGGUGUAUCAUAAACUCAACCAGCUGCAGCUCACAGGUAAACUGGAGCGCAUUCCCCUCUGGAGUGUGUGUGUGUCUCUGAGUGCAGUGAAUCUGUCUGAGAGCGCCGAGGGAAAGAUUUCAGUCAGUCAGCAGAUUCAGAUCUAUGUGACAGCUGCCAUCAGUCUGAGAUCAGCGCUGGGGAAACAUCUCACCUGUCUGCCCGGUUAUUUAUUGAGCUGUGCCGAGAGUUUGAGCUGUCAAUCAGACUGUAAGCCCCUCCCAGACUGUCUGCGUUGGAUCUUCACGCCAUUGGGUCGUCAGUUCUUCCUGAGCUGUGAUUGGUCAGUGAGGUCAGAGAGCAGUGAGCAGAUUUUCACUUGUCAGAGAGACGAAGCGGAUCCGAUAGCACAACUGCACCGCUGCUUCUGUGAGAAACUUCUAGAAAGAGCCGUUCACACGCUGAUCGAGCCACAGAGUAGCAAACACACUGAGGAGACUGGGGAGUUCACGGGUGUUCGGGAGUUUCUCCAGUUGUUGAACAGCUGCACUGAAGACUCCGCCUCCACAAAUGCCCCCUUCCAUGCGCUGGCCAAUCAGAACACGACACCAGUGAGGGAUCCUGUGUGCUGCUGGUGGGCGUUGGUGCUGAAGGCCGCUGUUCAUUGGCUGCAGGGUGAUGAUGUGUCUGUGAGGUCACUUCUGGCGGAGGCGGAGCGAAUGCCCAGAGCUCUUCACACGCUGGAUCACCCACUGCCGAAGGCCGUCCUGGCGCUGUGUAAGGCGGUUCAGAUGAGUGUGUGUCCUCAGAAGGGGGAGGGAGUGUUGAACUGUCUCACACACUGUCAGAGAGCCAGCGCACAUCUACACAUCAGUGUGUGUCAGUCACACAACAACACCUGGCUGCACAAGGGGGUGGAGCUUCUGGUCUGUGACCUUCUCCUGACGCUGAGAACCAGCCUAUGGCAGCGUGGAGGCGGGUCUAAUGGAGAGCCUGGCCCCGCCCCUGGAUCCCAAUUGGCUGGAUUCCAGAGGGACUUGAGCUCUUUGCGGAAGCUCGGACAAGCCCACAGACAGGCCCAGCACAAGUUGUUCCUGCAUGAAACGACAGUCCGACUGAUGGCAGGAGCGAGUCCGACACGCACACACCAACUACUGCGACACAGAACGCACAACUACACAACAGCAGCAGAUGGCGACAGUGUCCCGGGUGAGCGUGAGAGAGCUCAUGCCAUCCUGCUGGCGUGUCGUCACCUGCCGCUGCCGUUACUCACCCCACCGGGUCACCGCGCCCGCCUGCUGGCUGAAGCCAAACGCACGCUGGAGAGAGUCGGCGACCGUCGCUCACUGCAGGACUGUCAACAGAUACUGCUGCGGCUGGGAGGAGGGACCACCAUCGCCGCUUCAUACACACACACACACACACACACACACACACACACACACACACACGUGUCUGACCUAUGAUGAUCUCAUCAACAACAUGUCCAGAUCAUAUUUCAUCCCAAAAUAUAAAGAAACAAGAAAUUAUAUUUGAAUUCAAGAAAAUGAAGCCUUCAUUAGAAAUAUUUUUAUGACGUCACUGUUAUUCUACAAUGUGGGAAAAGAGUAGCAGUGCUGUCAGAAAUCAGCUGGUUAUUAAGGUGCAGUAUGUGCCCGCUGGAUUUCAUAUUCAGCAGCAUUUUUGACAAAAAAAUAAACUUCAUAUCCGCUGAUUUAAAUUUAAACAAUUUAUUAAUACAAAUUCUCAAGAUUGAGAAUGUAUUUCUUCUGCCAACAUGAACUCAUCAUUUAGAAUAUGAAGAACUGUAUCAGAUGUUACAAAUAAAAAAACAAGGUUUUGUUGCGAGGGCAUUUUUAGUGGCAUUUUUUGCCCUGAGCACUCAAUUUCUGAACCUGUCCAAACUUUUGACUGGUCGUGUGAAAAUAUACUUCAUUUUCUUUAAGCAAAUAUGAGCCGUUCAUGUUUUGACCGGUUUGAUGAGAUUCAGUCAUGUUGAGACACAUUUAUAAACCGCAUAUAAUCAGCAGAACACUCACACAUACACACACGCUCUCACACACAAACUCACAAUCACAUGCACACUCACACAUACACACACGCUCACACACAAACACACAAACUCACACUCACAUGCACUCUCUCACACACACAAACUCACAUGCACACACAUAAACUCACACUCAAAUGCACACUCUCUCACACACACACAAACUCACACUCACAUACACACUCUCUCAUACAUACACACAAACUCACACAUACACACAAACUCACAAUCACAUGCACACUCACUCACACACACAUUGUACAGAACUUUGUAGACGCAAGUCUCAUAGAGUUUAGUGUGGUUAUAUAAUGAUUACACAUCACAUGACGAGUUUAAUGCUUCAUGUGUCAGUUUCUGACGUGUUUUCUUUAUUUUUGUCAUUGUGCUUCUGAAGUAUUUUGUCUUUAUUAUUUGAGAUAUUUGGGAACAUUAGAUGAGGACUUUUAUUAUGAAAUAUGUAAAGUUCACACACACAGAUGGGAAGAAUUGAGCUGUUAAUGGGGGAACAACAUAAAAUAAGCUUGUGUAUAUUUGCAGUUUUUAAUAAUUUAAAGUGUUCGAGCUUGUGGUGUUUGAACUGGAUUUAACUCUUUUACUCUCUUCAGACUCACAUUCACUCUUUUCUUCACUUGUUUUAUUUCUAUGACUUGGAUUUCUUUUAUAAUAAAACUGUAGAUGCCAUUGAAGAA